AUGUCUUUCGGCAAGCUGUACACAUACUCGAAGGCACCACGCUCGACCAUGGUGCUCUUCGUUGCCAAGUACAACAAACUAGACGUUGAAAUCUGCAAUGCAUUUCCUAUCAAGGUCGCUGUUGCUUGGUUCCUCGCGAAGCAAGAUCCCAAUACAAAGCUAUGUGGGUCAAACCUGAAGGAGGAGACGACCGUCAUCCGAUGGGCUUCUUUCACCAACUAUGAGCUCCUGCCGCCAAUCAUGGCAUGGAUCCAGCCCAUCAUUGGUCGAGCACCGACAAGCCCGGAGAUUCUCAAGGAACGAGAGGAAGGUUGCGAGUUGACUAUCCGUGCUAUUGAGAAGGAGAUCGAGGGCAAGAAAUAUCUCGUUGGUGAUACGUUAACCUUGGCCGACCUUUUCGUGGUUUCCGGUCUUGCCCGGGGCUACCAAUAUGUCUUCACCAAGAGCUGGGCAGAAAAACACCCCGUCGUGCAUGAAUACUAUAUGAGCAUCAGGAACGAUAAGGAUGGGAUCUUUGACAGCAUUCUUGGCCCCAACAUUAUCAGAGAUGAAGCUGGCGGCACUUAUCCUGACUAUGAUGGGUUGUAA